AUGCAGACCUUCAGCACCAUCUUCUUCGUCUUGGCCACAGCCGCCUCCCUCGUAGCAGCAUCUCCGGCGCCAGCAGCUGCAGUUGCAGCCGCCGCGAGCUCCAGUGCUGCCGCGAGCUCAAGCGCAGCCGUCUCUGGUCGUGCUGUCGCCAGUUCCAGCGCCGCUCCAACAGCGAGCAGCUCAGCGGCCGUCGACGCGCGGGCCAUCCCUCGUCUGAACGACGCCUUCGACCUGUCCGCACGUUCUCUGGGGCUGCAAGCCAUCAAGGAGCGCGGGAACACACAGGGUGUCCACGCCCGCAACGCCACCACGAACAACUAA